AACUUCCUCCUGAACAAUGAACUCUGACAGAGAGAGAAACACACAUGAGUAAUAACACACACCACACGCUUCAGAGAGCAUCUGAACAGGAACUCAAGCUCAGUUUAGAAGACUCCAUCCAUAUCAGAAGAAUUUUGGGCUGCUAUAGAGGGAUGUAUGAUGCACAGACAUGCUGUCUAUCAGCAGGAUGAUGAGGAUCGGGCAGUUUCUUUGCGAUCGUCCGUGAGCGCAGCUCUAAUCAUGGCCGGAAGGGUCGGUUCUGACUCUGAUCUGGUCACUGAUAUCGAGAGUCCAGCAGAUGAGGAUGGGGUUCAUAAUUCAUUCAGUCAGCUGAUCAACGAACAGUCUCAUGACCUUCAUGAUGUCAUAGAGAUGACCCCGUUUGACCUGCAGGAGGAGAGCAGAGAUGACGUUGUGUGUCUGGAGGCUCCGCCGUAUCAGCGGUCUGACAGCGAAGGGCCGCAGCCAACGGAUCAUCUGAUUGAAGAACGCUGGUCAUCUGACACGCUCAAAGUCUUGUCCUCCAUGCCCAGUCGCACCAUCGGUCGCAGUCGUGGCGCGAUCAUCUCUCAGUACUGCAACCGCACCAUGCAGCUGCGCAGACGCAGGCAGAGCAGACCCUCCAUCCAGCACUUCCCUCGGUCUGCGCGGCCCAGCAUCCGCGGAUACCUCGUGGAAACGGACGGAGCCGCUUUUGAGGAAGAAGAGAAUAAGAGGGAGCGUCUGGUCAAUAAUUUGCAGAAUCUGUCAGCCCAUGAUCGCCUGCGUAUGUUGAGAGCAAUGCCGCUGAGUCUCGCAGAGAAGAAAGAGCUCCGGAUGUUGGUGUUGAAUAAAGCCGAGCACUCUGUGUCUCAGAAUCAGAUUCCCUGCUACAGUCAGCUCAAGUAUUACAUCAUCAUUGCGCUGAGGCACGGCUGGUACGGCUGGCUGUCAUUCCUCUCCUCGCUGCAGUUGUGGCAAACGGCGCUGAAGCGUGUCGGCGGUCGCUUCGGGACGGGCGUCCUCUCGUAUUUCGUCUUCCUCAGAACGCUCCUCUUCUUCAAUGUCUUCCUGUUCCUGGUCACUGGUUUGUUUCUGGUGGUUCCUCAGGCCAUCUUGCAUUCGGAGCAUAACGUAACCGUCAACAGCACAUGGGGGCUGGAGGUGCUCACAGGCGCCGGUUAUUUCUCACACUCUCUGCUGUAUUACGGCUAUUACAGUAACCAAAGGCUGCAGACUAGCCACAAAUGCUCUGUGCCCAAGAACGGGAUGCCCUGUAGUUCUAGAUUGCCCUAUAACAUGCCUCUUGUUUACUUCUUUACCAUCGGCGCUGCCUUCUUCAUCACCUGCAUUAUCCUCGUCUACAGCAUGUCGAAGUCGUUCGGUCAGAGUUUCCGCAUCGAUAAAUCCAAAGGCCUGUUGGCUAUAAAAGUCUUCAGCUCGUGGGACUUUAAAGUCAUCAAGAAAAGCUCAGUGAAACUCCAGCGGGCAAACAUCGGCACACAGCUGAAGGAGUUGGUGGCAGAGGUGAACCGUCAAAAGUUGAAGUUUCCCGUUCUCCAGCAGCUGGGCCGGUUCUUAAUCCACAUGCUGGCGUGGAUCAUGUGUCUGGGAAGCACGUUAGCGUCUGUGCUAGCUGUGUAUUACUUCUCUGAGCACAUGCACAAGGAUCUGCGUAGCCGUGCUCUCACAAACUCGUCCAGUAUUGUACUGAAGGAAGCCAGUCUGUUGGCCGUUCCUGUCGUGGUGUCCAGCAUUAACCUGCUCCUCCCCGGAUUCUUUAACGCCUUGGCCUGGAUGGAGGAAUAUGAUUCUCCCAGUGUGCUCAAUUAUGUCUCCAUCAGCAGGAACCUGCUGCUGAAGGUGAGCGUGUUGGGAGUGCUGUGCUAUCACUGGCUGGGCCGCGUGGCGUUGGAUCCUCACGGUCUGGGUUUAAAGUGCUGGGAGAGUUUCGUCGGGCAGGAGCUGUACCGUUUCCUCCUGAUGGACUUCAUCUUCAUGCUGCUGGACACCUUCUUUGGAGAGUUUCUGUGGAGGUUGUUUUCUCAGAAAGCUCUGAAGAGGAAGAGGAAGCCUGUGUUUGAUAUUGCAAGGAACGUUCUGGAGCUCAUCUAUGGACAGAGUCUGGCCUGGUUGGGUGUUUUAUUCUCUCCUCUGCUGCCGGCGGUUCAGAUCAUUAAGCUGCUGAUCCUCUUCUACAUGAAGAAGGUCAGUCUGAUGAUGAACUGUCAGGCGUCGGGGAAGCCGUGGCGCGCCUCUCAGAUGACCACCAUCUUCAUCACGCUGCUGUGUUUCCCAGCAUUCCUGGGCGCCGCCGUAUGUGUGACGUACACCAUGUGGACGAUAAGCCCGUCGGCGGGCUGCGGGCCGUUCCGUGGGCUGAAGACCAUGUUCCAGGCGGGGAAGCUGUGGGUUCAGGAUCUGGCGGCGGAGAAUCCCGAUCUGCACUGGCUGGCCUCCGCUCACGCCUACCUGGUGGAAAACCCGCUCUUCCUCUUCCUGUCUGCCGGCAUCUUCCUGAUCGUGAUUUAUUUCCACAGUCAGGUGGUGGACGGUCAGCGCAAGAUCAUUGAACUGCUUCAGGAACAGAUCGAGAAUGAGGGUGAGGAUAAGAAGUUCCUGAUCACACGACUGCAGGACAUCCAUGAGCGCAAACGAGGCGUGCCGCCGCGCCGUGUGAAAGGAGCCAGCGAGGAUUCCAGUUAUUCAUGACGCUCUUCAUGAAAGGAGCAGUUUAGUGCUGAUGUACAGAAAGAGACUGAACAGAAGCUCUGCUGAAUGUUCAUCUCUCGCAGAAACAACUGGAGUCUGUCAUGAACCUUUAUGAUCCUGCACGGAUCAGACUAUUGUUUCUAGAAUCCAGAAAGACACUCUGGAAGACUCACAAGAAGACUGGAGUAAAUACACACUUGCAUUUGGCUAGUUGGAUUCCGGUUAAACCUGUGGAAAUAUUACCUGUAUACUGGUGAUGGUGUUUUGACGCCAUUUGAUAUUGAGACACUUUUAAUUUUACUGUGAAACAUUUCUUCUUCACCGUUCCUCAUUCCUCCAGCGCUCACAGACUGGACCUUCCGUUUAAUAUACUGUGAUAUUAAUGUUUUCAUACAAACUGUUUUAAAUAAAUAUGAUUUUUAA